UGUUGAAGCUAAUAUUAUUAUACAAAAUGAUUCACAAGAUAGUGAUAAAACUUUGAAUAAAGAAGAGAAAAUAUUAUGUCAAAACGGCAUUCUGGUAAUUUGCAGAAGUAAAUUAUUGAGAGUGGUUUAAUAAUGAUUCACUCAAACUAUUUGUAAAAGCAAAUUUCUUGUGAGUGUUAUCGAGACAAAAAGUGCGAUAAAAUUGUCGAACGUUUAAAACUUCUGGAGAUUAUAUUUCAUAAACCAAAAGAUAGCAACUGUGUGCUACAUUAUUUCAAAAUAUAUUGAAUUGACAGGAUUGAAAAUAGAAAGAAAGGAAUAUCAUAUUUACCCGAAUUGAAGAAGCUAACUGGAAACUUAAUGGUUCUAGCAUAAAUAACAAAAUUGCCUAUUCGAAAACAAAAGAAAAUUUUCAAAUCAACAUGGCUCCAAUAUUUGGUGAACCGAACUACAACUUCAUCGAUUCCGAUGAAGAUUACGGUGAAUAUAAAUAUGAUGAUGAGGAGUCCGACGUCGCAUUGACUCACAUGGCGUUCUGGUACAUGAUGGUACUGGUCGUGAUGCUCCUGAGUUGGCUCGUGAUAUUCUUCUGCCUGAGGAUUAUAACUCUAGGGCAAAAAACGCGGACUCAGCAGCAGAGUCGUGUGUGCGUGGGCUCGCGGACAAGGCCGUCCCUGCAGGCCGAGCCGACUAUUUAUGUCAGCCCGGCCAACUUACCGCCACCACCGAAAUAUGAAGCGCUUGCGCCGCCCAGCUAUGAAGAGGUCAUGUCAGUCGCCUACCCAGUACAAGGAAUACAGCAGCAACCUGGGCAGCAACCAAUAGUCUAUCCAAUCACGCACGCCGUCGCUCAACCAUCGACCAAUAGGAGCGAAGACAGUCAGAACACUUCGCCGUCAACAGUGGUCACAGUCACCUCUGAUGUCAGAAGAACUUCAGUAACCGUCGCCACCACAUGAUAACGUAACGUUAUUUAUUAAACUAGUCGUUAAAUAACUAGUUAAUUAAACUGUUGUAAUGUGGGAAGUCACCGAUGCCACGUCUUAUUAUGUUAAUUUUUAGUGAUUGAUCGUAUCAGAUAUAUUAUUCUUUUUAUUUGAUUUUCAAUUUUUCACAUUCAAUUGCUGUUUUAAAUACUAUUUUGCACAGUGCUCACUUCCCAUCUAAACUCUUUGAAACUGGUCUUUGAUAUUAUUGAAUUAAGCAUUUGGUUUUUAAAUCAAACCUAAUAAUCUUUUUUUUUGUUAUUUUUAAGUAGAGUGGAUUUGUUGAGCGAAAUAAGUCAAAACGAACAAUUCAUCAUUAAAAAUGGUAUAAUAAUAAAAUUUAGAUAACGAGAGAUUGAUGUUGUUUCUACUAGUCUUUUUGAUUCUUUACAAAUUAAAUAAAUAUAGGUAAAUAACACAGAAAGAUUAUUAACAUUAUUAAAAAUAACUUGAGUAUAGUUUUUGCAUCAAAUGCAAAAUCAGUGGUCUUUUUCAACAUUUGAUAUACUUUUUUUUAUGUGCUAUGUAGUUAAACUAAACUUCUUUAAAAAGUAAGUUCCUGUUGAUGCCCGUGAUUUUAGUACAUUUUUAUUGCAUUUAAAACCAAACUAGUAGAUAUAAUAGUAUGGUACAAUACAAGUAAGUAUUAUCAACAUUCAUUUUAAGUUUAGAUUUUGUACCAAAAUAGUAUUUAUUUUGAAUAUAUUAAAAUGCAUUUCAGUAUUGUAAUUGGUUAUAGAAGUUUUUAAAACAUUUAUGAUCAAAUCAGUUAAUGUAAUUACUAGUGUCUUUUUUAAAAGAAAUUCUUUUUUAACGACUUUAGCCGUUAAAAAAUAACGCUAUUUCAUUAAAAUGUUGAAGCAUACUCUAAGCUAAAGUAUGUUUUGUUCUUUUCUGUCAAAUUCAAAUAAGUAAUAUGGUGAAGUAUAUUGUGAUAAAAUAUACGAUAUGUUUAAACUAUUCUUUAAUAGCUUAUGAAUAACGGAAUAAGAUUUUUGAAUAACGCAUCUACCUCAUAGAUGAGAAGUUAUUGCCUAAAAUAUAAUAAAAAAUAAAACGCUCCUACGCAAAGAAAUAUUUCACAACCACGUAAGCAAAUGAUAAAUGUGAAAAUGUGCUUAUUUGUCCUUCUUUCACAUCUAAGCGGAGCAUUGGAUUGAGCUGAUUUUUGGUGCUGAAAUAGUAUGGAGAGCUGUAAAGAGAGGAAAUUUUUUGCCCCGCGGUCAAAAGCCAAUAUUGUGUUAAAAACGGCUUAUUUUAACAAUUUUCCUGUAAAAUCUGUCUUCGUAGAGGACGCAAGACUGAUUAAAUGUUUCGGAGAAAUGUUGUUUAUUUUUCCGAAAAAUACAUAAAGAUGGGCACGGUGCUUAAAACAUGGACAUCUACUGACGGACGAUUGUGAAAACAUAAAAUAUAUUUUGUAGGUUUAAGUGACUUUGUAUAUAAAUAAUUGUAUAUUUUAUUAUAAUAUUAAGGACUUA